AUGGGCUCAAAUGAACAGCAUGAGUACGGCCUAUCAUCUCCAGUGAAUACUUGGAGAGAAACCACCUACACCUCGUCUAUAGCGAGCACGGACAGCGAGGUGAGUUUCACUCUCAGCACCCCCCUCCUCAAAACUCGGUUCGCUCUCGCUUAUUCUGGGUUCGUUUCUCAAGUCCUGCACACUACCGCUACAAACGGACAUGAUUGA